CACGGUCAGCCUCUCUCUCUCUCUCUCUCUCUCUCUCUCACACACACACACACACACUUCGCUAGUUAAUCCAUGGAUGCUUCUUCAUUCUUGUGUUGUAAAAUCCUAGAAUGUCACAACAGCCCACAAUCCCAUAAUUCGUUUGUGGUUGAAAUCAAAACCAAACGCCAAUAUGUAAAGGAAUUCCAAAGGAUGAUAGGAGACAACAUAAUGGACCGGAGAGAAGAAGAACACAUGGGUCCGGAGUCAUCUACAAGUCUCCAUGUCCCCAAAUCCCUUGUCAACCAGCCAAUAUGCCUCCGGCGCCACAUCGGGGCCAAGCUCUCGUGGUUCGACCUCAACUUCGAUCCCCGUUCGGUCGAUUUCCUGACAAAGGAAAUCUGCACGCACUUGCACGCCAGAGCAUUAGCUUCAUCCGCCAUGAAUGUCGACCUCUUGGUCCUUUUUCACAUGCUGACAUUUGAGCGUUUUGAUGAAGAAGGAAACCGAAUUGGUGGUAAUGAAGAUGGUUUUGUGGAGAAUAAUGAAGAUGAAGAUGAAGAAGUGGUUGAUGAAGGAAUUGGUGAUGAAGAUGGGUUUUUCGAGAUUGAUGAUGAAGAAGAAGAAGGGUCCAUGAUGGUGGAUUUUGAAUCAGUGUGGAGGAGGAGAAGGGGUGCUUCAGAAUCUGCCAUUGAUGGGUUGAAGAAAGAGAUAUUUCAGUGUGGAUUUGAUGGGGAUGGGACGACUACUACUGAUACUACUAAUUGUGUGGUUUGUUUGGAUGAGAUUUCGGUUGGGAAUGAGUUCACCCGUCUGCUCUGUUCUCAUAGUUUUCAUUAUCAGUGUAUCGUUAAGUGGUUGGCAAAAAAUAACAACUGUCCAAUUUGUCGUUUUGAAAUUCCGGAUUAGAUGUUGGACCGAAGCUUGUAUUUGCGAAAUGGUGAAUUAUAAAGUGUUCUAAUAGGUUUGAUAUUUGGAAAUAUGUUUCUAAUGUCUACUGCUAGUGUUUUUUUUUUUCCAGUGAAUUUGUAAUUCUCAAUGUAACAUGUUUUGACUAAAUUUCAUUCAAUGUUUGAAGUUUGUUUUUUUUGGAGAUUUAAACAGUUCGAAUUCUUCCUAAUUUUUUUUAUUCGUGUUAGUUUAAUCAUUAGGGAUUUAUCUAUAUUUUUUCAUAAUUUUUAUAAUUUUUUGAGACAAUGCCAGAUUGUACUAUUUUUAUAAUUCGUUUUGGGUUUAGAAUUUAUUUAUUAACAUAAAAACAUAUACA